AGAGCUGGACUGGGAGGCUGCAGAGCCGGGUUGGGGCCCGACCCUAAGAGGGUGAGGCAGGCCCGGGGGCAGAAAUGCAAGUGGGUUGAGGGUCAGCCCCGAGAGGGAGACGCUCUCACGGGUAGUCGGAGGGUGCUCUCAGGGCGCCUUGGCCUGGUCGGAGGCCUCUGGAGGGACUGUACGACAGCUCCGAGAGUGACCUGGCCGGAGAGAGCGAAGACAAAGAGGCCGGAAUCCCGCACCCGCCGCUCUUUGAGCUGAGCCCCACUCCCGCGAACCUCGCAGCCCUCCGAGCCCCUGGCCAGCAACCGAACUCGUCAUCAGAAGACCCAUUACUACUGCCCUCUCGGACUCCCUCUCUCCACCAACUGUGUGUGACUCCCUACGCCCACCGGCCCUUCUUCAGGAACCAAAACCAGUCCUCCCAAUGCGCGAGGUUUCCCGUCAAUAAUUCCCGAACAGUUGCUGAUCGUUUACUUCUGCUGUGAGGGAAAACAAAGACCAGUAUUCAGUACUUGAUUUUUGUCCUGGGUGGGAACUGGUAGUUGUGGAGUCUGAGGGGGCGGGGAGGAUGUAAAGGGCCUCUGGAAGGACUUGCAGAGGUACUGGGAGAGAUCAGCUGCGACCCGCUGGACAGAGGCUUUUUGUUGCCUUCAGCAGGAUGGUGACUUGCCUUUAGAUCCUCUCAAGCUCCAGGUUUCCCAUAUGGUUCAAACUCAGUUUGCAACAUUGGUCAGGGGAGCUAAAUGGGAUCAGAUUUGGGGGGAGGUGGAAGAAGAGCAGACAGUACUUUAUUCUCUGCUGCUUCCCGGGGCUGCUGUGGAAGUCACCCAGAAAUGCAGCCUUUGAAAGGUCUCUUUCCUUCAUGUUCAGUUUUGGCUUGCUAUCCUGAAGUUGGUGCUACCUCAGAUGGCCAUGUGGAGUAUAUGGGAAAGCAGGCCAGCUCUUGGCGAGACUUUAGACCUAUGAGUGUAUUUCUUCUGAUAGUGCCAUCUCUCUCUACCCUAGGAAGAAACUCUUCUUACAGUGAGAGACUCAUCUGCAGGUGAUUCUCCAAGGACAUGGGAAAAUAGGUGUAAGCCCUCGAACCCUUAAGUGGAGGGGAGCUGCUUUCUGCUGUGAAUGAUGGCCAAACCCACUCUGAGAGGGAAUGGCCCUAACUCUGAGACCUUCCGACAGCGCUUCAGGAGAUUUCACUACCAGGAGGUAGCUGGGCCCCGGGAGGCUUUCAGCCAACUCUGGGAACUUUGCUGUCGUUGGCUAAGGCCGGAGGUGCGCACCAAGGAGCAGAUUGUAGAAUUGUUGGUGCUAGAGCAGUUCCUGACCAUCUUACCUGGGGAGAUCCAGGAUUGGGUACAGGAGCAAUGUCCAGAAAGUGGAGAGGAGGCAGUGGCUCUGGUGGAAGAUUUAGAAAGAGAGCCUGGAAGACCUGGAAGUUCGGAUUUCCAUUUCCUAAAUCCGGUGUGGUCUCCAGAUUGGAGCAAGGAGAGCCAUUGGUCCCUGCUCUGGGCUCCAAGGAGAAGGAACUCUCAAGAGGCAGUCACACAGGAGAUAGACAAAUGCAUGCUGAUCUGUUAUCAUCCAAGAGAGAGAGAAGGACCUGGGUGGAACAGGAUCACUGGGGCUUUGAGGAUGAGAAGGUAGCAGGUGUGCACUGGGGCUAUGAAGAGACCAGAACUCUCCUUGCAAUUCUCAGUCAGACUGAGUUUUAUGAGGCUCUCCGAAACUGUCACCGAAACAGCCAAGUGUAUGGAGCUGUGGCUGAGCGGCUCCGGGAGUUUGGCUUCCUUCGGACCCUCGAACAAUGUCGGACCAAGUUCAAAGGUCUCCAGAAGAGUUACAGGAAAGUCAAGAGUGGUCACCCACCUGAGACAUGCCCCUUCUUUGAAGAGAUGGAAGCCCUGAUGAGUGCCCAGGUUAUUGCCUUGCCCAGUAAUGGCUUGGAAGAGAGAGCCUGUUACUCUGGCCUGGUGGGCAGUGAUGCUGAGACUGAGGAGCCAGGGCAGGGGGGUUGGCAGCAUGAGGGAGCAGAAGAGGCCAUGGCUGAAGAGUCUGACAGUGAUGAAAUGGUCCAGGAAGCCACCCCCCAAGACCCCGACAACUUGACUGCACCUGUUCUUUUUCGAAGCCCAAGUGGUGUACACUGGGGUUAUGAAGAGACGAAGACUUACCUUGCAAUUCUUAGUGAGACUCAGUUCUACGAAGCCCUCCAGAACUGUCACCGCAACAGCCAGUUGUAUGGAGCAGUGGCUGAGCGGUUAUGGGAAUAUGGAUUCCUUAGGACACCAGAGCAGUGUCGGACCAAAUUUAAAAGCCUACAAACCAGCUAUCGGAAAGUCAAGAAUGGCCAAGCACCAGAGACCUGUCCAUUCUUUGAAGAAAUGGAUGCUUUGGUGAGUGCCAGGGUUGUUGCCCCAUCCAGUGAUGGCCAGGAAGAGGAGACAGCCUCUUGCCCCAUCCAGGAGGUCAAUGAGACUGAAGCUGAGAAGCAAGCUGAGGUGGCAGAAGAGACCAUAGAAGAAGAUUCUGAGGAUGAUGAAGAGGAUACUGAGGUACCCUUAGAGGUUGUCAUGACCCGUGCUCCAGUCUUAUUCCAGAGUCCCAGUGGUUUUGAGGCUGGAUUUGAUAACGAAGAGAAUGUAAAACGAGAUAUUUCUGAGGAAGUACAACUACAUAGGACAUUACUUGCAAGGUCAGAAAGGAAAGUUCCCUGGCAUCUUAAUCAAGGUAAAGGCAGUGACACUGAAUGUAGAUCAGAACGACAGUGGGAAAAGACCCCAGGGGAGAGAAGAGGAAAAUCAACACUCCCAGAAAGGAGUUUAGGUAAAGUUCUAAAUCAUCAGAAACCUUAUUUGGGAGAGAGACCCUAUAAAUAUCUCAGACACAGCAAAAGCUUUGGUCCGAACUCCCAGCUCAUGCAUCAGAUAUCCCAUCAAGUGGAAAAUCCAUAUAAAUGUGCUGACUGUGGGAAAAGCUUCAGUAGGAGUGCACGCCUCAUUAGACACCGGAGAAUCCACACUGGAGAGAAACCUUAUAAAUGUCUUGACUGUGGGAAAAGUUUCCGUGACAGUUCAAAUUUCAUCACCCAUAGAAGAAUCCACACAGGAGAGAAACCGUAUCAAUGUGGUGAGUGUGGGAAACGCUUCAAUCAGAGCUCAAGCCUUAUAAUUCACCAGCGAACCCACACAGGAGAAAAGCCCUAUCAAUGUGAAGAGUGUGGAAAAAGCUUCAACAACAGUUCUCAUUUCAGUGCACAUCGGAGGAUACAUACAGGAGAGAGACCCCAUGUAUGUCCUGACUGUGGAAAGAGUUUCAGUAAGAGUUCUGACUUACGUGCACAUCAUAGAACCCACACAGGAGAGAAGCCCUAUGGGUGUCGUGAUUGUGGCAAGUGCUUUAGUAAAAGCUCUGCUCUUAAUAAGCACCGAGAAAUCCAUACACGAGAAAAACUUCUGUCACAGUCAGCACCUAAGUAAGCUCCUGAGAAUUUAAAGAAAAGAAAUAUAUCAAAAUGGUUGGAAAAAGUCUGCCAAUAGUGAGAUCCAUCUCCUAUUCUCUGCCCAACUAGCUUAGGAAACACUCUAGGAUUUACCCCACCCUUUGUUCCUAUGUUUUUCCUGGAUCUAUGAAUUCCCAAGGCAGUCAUCUUAAGAAUGAGAGGAUGAUUUCAGUCCCUCUCCUUGCCUGUAUUUGAAAUGACAGAUGACACCUUUACCUCUCAGUGCCUAUGUUGUUCCCUUAAUAGGACUAGGUAGUAGAUCCUAUAGUUUUGAUAUAUACCCUUAUUUAUUCAUCCUGUUAUUCAGCUGUAUUUCAACUGGAAAAACUUAUCACAGCACCAUUUCAGGGAGAAGUUGUGAGACUUUUCUAAUAGAGUGGGUCUAGCUCUUUAUAUAGUAAAGGAAAUGCAAGUAAGAAUGGCUCUUCGUGUUCAUGUAAGCCUGUGCUCAGAAUGACAUUUGUCAUGCACACUUCAUUUACCUUACACGAGAGUUUAAUGUCCACCUUGACUCUGACCUAUUAAAGAAUUUGUCAAAAGCCUAGGUGUCUAUAUGGGGAAACAUUGUAAACCUUGUAUAAAUAUUGAGUUAUGAACCCUGAAUUUCUUAGUUUCUUCCAAGUCUUAGAUGUUCUCGAAUAGAGUAAUAUUUAGAGCAUCUAGUUUGAUCUUUUUUUCUUCUUCCAUCUCAUCUGAAUUUCAUCUAUCUCUUGUCCAGACGUGCAAAGAGCAAGCCAGCUGGAUAUGUUGAGAGAGAAAGCAGUUAAAGCUGCCAGUAGGGAAUUGGCUGUGUUCCACACACUCCAGACACCUAGUUUAGUGUUAUGUACCCCAUGGGCACUUAAUACUAACCUGCACUGAGCAGAAGCCACUGCCAUGUUCCCAUGGAUUAGGAAACAGACCACUUGGUGCCAACAACUCUAGCCUAAUGGCAGGGAGGACAGAUUAUUUUUGGUCAUUGGAGUUGCCAAUACUUGCACACAUGCACACGCACACAUUCAACUGUACACACCUAUUUUUAGAAGCUCUCAAACACAACUAUAAUUCUGAUCUAUGUAUAACCAAAUAGUAUUGAAUUAAUUGCCCAUAUAUUCAUAGUAGAGCACAAGGUAAACAGACUCUGUCCUUGUCCUUACAGUCUAAAACAGAUGACACUGACAUGGACAAACAAUAAAUGCACAUGUAGAGCUGCAACAGUUUUAGAGAAAUCUAGAAAUAUAGUAACAUUAUGCAUAAAUGCUAAGAUCUAAUGCAUUAGUUUUCUAUAAGAAAAAUCUGGGAGGUAUUUUUUUCUCUUUAUUCAGGAAGGCUUCAUGAAACAGCAAGUGUUUAAAGGAAGGAGGGUUACUAGGUAAAUUAGAGUGGGAUAAACUUUCCAAAAUAAAUCACAAAACUGAGUUCUGAGUGGGUGAGAAAUGGGAAAAUUGGGGAACAAAGUAUUAUGAUAGAAGAAACACCAGUCUAAAGCAGUGCCUCAGGAUCUGAGAUGGUUUAGUAAGUGUGCUAGAAUGUUUCUGAAAAUGAGAGAUUACUGUCUUUAGUAUAUUUAUGUGUAGUUGUGUGUAAAAAGCAUCAGUUGGUGUAUCAGCAGAUAUGAAUUCUGGUUCCAGAUGUCUUGUGUGUAAGUCAACCUGUUUGUAUCCAACUCCCUUUCUGUAAAUCAGAAUAACGUUUACACCUUAAUCUGCCUCUCAGGGAUACCAUGUUAAUAAAAAAUUAUGUCUAUAAAGUA